ACAUUAAUACAGUGGUUAAAGCUCAUAAAUAUUACUACAGUCUUAAUUAUGACUUCAUUUUAAUGCUAAAGAACAUAAUUGAAUUCAUCACAACCGAAACAUCAAAUAAAAAGUACCUAAGAAAACAGACGCAAACAUCGGCGCACCAAACGUUUACAUUUCCAAAAUGGAGCACCAUCAAACGAAUACCCGGAAUCCGGGCUCUAAUUACAAAAAUACAGACCGAGAUUCAUUAAAUCGGUAAGGAAAUUAAACCGGUAGUAAUCCGAAUAGUUGCCGACAGCCCGACACCUUAAAACGUUAUCGGUAAUUAUAUUCAGGGGUUGAUUCCAAAGUAAUUAAGCCAGAUAACACGCGCAAAAGUUAUAAAUGAUUAUUUGCUAGCAUCGAAACCGAUUAAAUUUGGCGCAACUCUAGUAAAAUUCUAAUUUCGAAUUUCGAAUAUCGGAUCUGAAGAUGGCGGGACGCGCGCAAAGCGAAGUCAGUCGGGCUUCGGCGCUCGUGCAGGAAGGGUGUGUUUAUAUGUCCCUUUGCAUCGCGCGCGGCGUUUACGAUCGUAAAACCACCCUUGAUAUGUAACAGACGUCGACUUUACAACGUGAAAUGGAUUUCAGUGUUUUGUAAAAAGUGUUUAAAUUUGAAUUUAUUGGGAAUCAGUGUGUGAUCGUUAGGAUUUAUUGUGACGGAUUUGUGUUUUAGAUUUUUAUCGGUGUUGUGUGGUGUUCUGUGUUAAAAUAAAAUAGUGAACUGCGCUCAGUUCUACUCCUAUUGGAAUUGUCGGAACAUAUAAAGAGAUUCCAUCAACGAAGUGUGAGUGGAUAAAAUGAGAGUGAGCUAGUGAUGUACCAGUGUCGAUAAUAGUGCUGUGCAACAUGUCGAUGCUUUUGGCCGUCGGCGUUUUGUUGGUGCAGUGCGCUUGGAGCCGGCAGGAGAAUCUUAUUGAGGAAUCAACGGCCAUUGAAUCUCUCCACGCACCAACCGGGGGCGGCGUCGAGCUGCCCUGUGACGUCACACCAGCUCUUCCCGAUGACCGAAUGGGGCUGGUCAUCUGGUACAAGCAGGGGCACGACGCACCUAUAUAUUCGCUUGACACCAGAGAAGGCGUGACGUCACACUGGUCGGACCCCGGCACUUUAGGUACCCGGGCGACAUUCCGCAGUGACACGAGACCCGCUGUGCUAGUGCUCACAAAACUUAGGCCUGAAGAUAGCGGGCAGUAUCGUUGUCGAGUUGACUUCAUCAAGUCGCCCACAAAAAACACGAGACUCAACCUCACAGUACUAAUACCACCAGAGCGGCUGAUCAUCCUUAAUCAAGAGGGCAACGAGGUCCAGGGCGGCAUACUCGGGCCCUACGAUGAAGGAGCUGAGGUCAAUUUGACCUGCGUUGCUGUUGGGGGUAGACCAACAGCACGGGUGUCAUGGUGGAAGUCUCACGCCCUACUCGCAAAUUCCGAAGCCCGAGCAGCAGUCAGUUUUCGGCUGCAGCGGUCGGAUUUAGGCACGGAGGUCACCUGCCAGGCCGUUACCGACCCGUCGUUGGCGCCGGUCUCCGAGAGUCUCUCCAUCGACGUCAACCUGCGUCCCCUCUGGGUCCGACUGCAAGGCGGCAAGCGCCCUCUAGUGGCCGGGCAGAAGACUGAACUGAUCUGCCAAGCAGUCGGCGCCAGGCCCAAACCCUCAAUAACUUGGUGGCGAGGCGGUACCAAGCUUAAGAACGUUAGAGAAACUACGUCCACCGAUGGUAACAUCACCAACAGUAUCCUAACCUUCGAGCCAGCCAUCGACGAUGCAGGCAGAGUACUAUCUUGCAGAGCAACCCAGCCUUCCCUACCUCACUCUACCCAUGAAGAUGGUUGGAAGAUGGAGAUCCAACAUCUACCACUGGUGAAGCUUGAGUUGGGAGCGAACCUGGACGCCAGCAAAGUCGUUGAAGGGUCUGACGUGUACAUCGACUGCAGAGUACGAGCUAAUCCUUGGCACACGCACGUACAUUUCACACACAAUGAAAUGAUAGUGAAACCAGGGCCUGGAGUCCUGGUAGCCAACCAGAGCCUGGUGCUCCAGAAGGUAUCCAGAAAAGCGGCCGGGGCUUAUGUCUGUGCGGCUAGAAAUGCCCUGGGAGAGGGCUUUAGUGAAAAGCUCAUGUUGGAUGUUAAAUAUACCCCUACGUGCAAGUCUUCGCAGCCGGCCGUACUGAGGGCUGCCAGAGGAGAGCUUAUCGAAAUUGAGUGCGAUCUAGACGCCAAUCCUAAGGAAUCCAUGACGUACCACUGGUGGUUCAACAGUUCUGCUCACAGCAAGCAUGAGCUCACGGCUGCUUCCACAUUAAACGCAGCGCAGAGUGGUACAUAUUUAUACAUGGUCAACACAUCAUCGGAUUACGGAUGGGUCCAAUGCUCCGGUACUAACAGCGUCGGACGGCAAACGAAGCCGUGUCUCUUCCAUAUUUUACCUGCAGAUAAACCUUCAGCUGUUAAAGCGUGUGAGAUUACGAACGUGACUUACGACUCUUUGACUCUAAACUGCACGCCGGGGCAUGACGGCGGCAUUCGGCAGUCGUUCUUAUUGCAAGUAUUUGACAUGGGAACAGGCCUGCUCCUAGCCAACGUAAGCAGCGAUGAACCAGAGCUCCAUGUAUCUGGUCUCUCCGCCAGCAAUUCCCUCUCAGUGGCAGUGAGGGCAUACAAUAGGAAAGGGGCCAGUGAACCUUUGACGUUGACGUCUAGUCUGCUUAAAUAUCCUCAAAGACAUACAGCGCAAGUCCCUGUUAAAGUCGAGCUGACGACUGUUCUGAUCAUCGUGCUGGUGUCCGUCGGUGUAAUAGCCGCCAUGACGGCCGUCUCCGCCACCGUCUUCUGUUGCAAGCACUGCAAUAAGAAAAACAAUAAAAAUGAAAAAGACAAGAGACAGCAGGACGAAACUUCCAACAUGCCUUUGACAGGCACGAAGGAGUCGGACAGCGUUGACAGUUUAGACAAAAACCCAGACAUCAUACCGCUAGAUGGCAAAAUAAGCGAUAGCUGCUCAAACAAGUCCUCGACAACUGAUUACAGUUCAAUACGCCCUUUAAUAUCAAAGAAUCCUGCAGAAAAAUACGACGCAGUCCCACCCAACUGCGACAGGUUCUACGACCACAACAUAGAUCCAUGCAAUCACUACAUACAAAUCCGUCCAAUGGAGUACAGGGUACGGCCAACAUACCAGCCUAAUCCUAUGGCGAAUCUUGGUCCGAGUAUACAGAGCCUUGGGCCUAUGAGUAGUCUGGGAGUGCCGAAUGUUGGGCCAAAUGAUUGCCAUAGGCCGCCGUAUGAUAAGGUGUACGAGGAUUGGCUGAAGUAUAAGAAUGCACUUCCUUUGAAUACUAGUGGUUUGCUACCAGCCGAGCAGCUAAUGCCGCCCGAGCUCUACGCCACCCCUCCCCCCUCGCUCUACAGCAACCCCCGCACCCCCCUACCGCUCCCACUGCCAGAGCUCGACCACCGGUACCUGGAGAGGGACGGCAGAUGUUCCAACUCGCCCCCGGUGCGGUUCAACACGGACAAUAGUGUGUAUUAUAAUAAGAUGAUGGAGAGGAGUACGAAUACGCUGCCGCAUUUAAAAAGAAUAAAUGGAAACACAAUGAAUCAAAAGCCGACUGAACUCAAACAGAGUGCCGGUAAAUCUACGGACACAAAUUUAGAACCUGUCAAAAUAGGCAGUCAAGAGUGCUAAACAAGUGUACUUGUUAAACACACUUUAUAAAGUGUUGCCAGUGUGACUAUUGUGGCCAGAUGACAGUGUCAGUGUUGCCCGAGUGACUUGUGGUCAGAUUGUAUAGAUUAAGUAAGAAAUCAAGAAUUUUAACAGUUUUUUUAAGUGUAGCUGUAUAAUAUUUUAUGACAGUAUUACAGCAACAUGGUGUUUUAACGUGUUCAUUAUAUGAAAACUUAACGAGGUGUAAGCUGAUUAUCCUGAUUUUGAUACGGUGAAAAUAACUUACAGUAAAAUAUCGGUCUAAAUAUUAUGUUGUGACUUGUGACAUAAUUCAUAUGGGGUGUCGUUAAUCACUGGGGUUUGGUCAAAUGUUCAAAAGGGUAUUAAUGUUCAUUCUUAGCAGAAUAUAGGUAUGUUGAACUAAAUUGCAUAUUGUAUUGCAUGAGAUGGUUAAUGUAUCCCCGAUUUACAAAGUAACCCCGAUUCAUGGUUUAAUGACUUAUGUAGUAGAAUAAAUUCUUUCAUUUAUUUGUUUGAAGAAGAUUUAACUAUGUAGUUCAUAUACAAAGUUUGACAAUUUAUAUUUUUAAGGUUACUGGUACAAUAGUUACCUAUGUAUUACUUUCAGAUGUCAGCCAAUUUCACAAACGUCUUUAAAAGACAACUUUAUCAAAAAUAUGUAUACUUACACGCCUUAACUAAAAUUAAUAAAUAAUAAUAUGUUUGUGAACUCGACCGUAUACAUAUAACUGAACCGAAACUGUUAAUUUGAGUAUAAUACAAAAAAUAACACAUUAAUAUAUAUAAUAAUACUUUUAUUUUCUUUUUUAAAUAAUCGAUUCGAUUCCUCUAUAAUACAUAAAUAGUUAUUUGUUGUACAAGGGGGCAAAGUUGUUUUUUAACCGCUCGUGCUAAUAUUGAUGCCCGAGCUAGCGAAAGAUUCCAAAAUUGAACCACGAGCGUAGCGAGUAUUUCGAGAAAUGGAUUCUUGAGCGUUGCGAGGGGUUCAAGGCACGAGGGUUAAACAAACUUUGCCUCCGAGUGAAACAACAUUUUUCACUACACCAACGCGAGGAAAAUACUAAACUAUAAAAUACCAAUAAAAUCAAACCAAUUUAAAUCCAAAUGAAAGUCAUAAAAAUAUAAUUUUAAAUUAUUAUUUAAAAGUCAAUUCUACCAGCUAAAAUAAGGAAACAACUCAAACUUUGCAUCUGAUUAUUUUGCCCCACAUGUUCUCAUUAGUUUUCGAACAAUCAAUAGGGCCUUUACCAGUUGGUGUGGUGAAAAAUAUAUUUCUCAUUUGAAAUUCUAUGUUGACAUAAAUCACUGUCUUAAAAUUAGUAGCACGCUCAUUUAAAACCUACAGGGCGAAAUAUAGAGAUAAAUAAAACUGAUACAAUAAUACAAAAUAUCCGGUAAAUCUAAAAAAACACUCUAAAUUUUGCCACCAAUAAGUUCAUGUAAAAAAACUUGUCAAAAACAGUAACUACUUUCAGGAUGGGAAUUAAAUAUGAAUAACAAUUAAUUAUUUUUCCUUCUACAUCUCCUACCGUUAAACUGGGGUUACUUUGAUUCGCGGGGUAAUAUUAUUUAAAGGAAUAGAGUUGAUUUUUGAAUGCGAGCUUAAGAAUUUUAUGAUGUAUGUAGUUGGCAAUCUUAACAGAAGGCCUAGCCAAGAUGCCAAUCGUUUGGGCUGUAGGGAACGAAGAAAGAAGAUAAUCUCUCUAUAUAUCACUUUUCCAUAUAUUAGUGCGACAGAGAGACAUUAGCGUAUCGUUCGCUACGGUGCAAAAGAUUGGCAUCUUGGCUAGGCACCCAGAAGUAAUGAUAUGUUGAAAGCGUUCAGAACCGAAUAUUUUGUAGUUUCAAAAUCGAUAACCAAUGUUACCCUACUAAUUAAAGUUUACCCUACUAAAUUUACCGUAUUAACUUAUUGGUCAAAAUUCACUUCCAAGGGGUGUAUAAGACUGAAAUGUAAUUUAAUCUCAAUACAUAGAUAGUAUUAGUUGUGUGAUUUAGCGCAUUUUGAAAUCAAUCUUAAAAAAUAUUUUAGAAGAAGUCAUCGUUUUGUUUGAUUUAAAUAAAUUAUAUUAUAAUGACUCAGAAACGGUGUUAAAUAACACGGGAAAAGAUUUACUCGUCGUAUCCUAUGAUAAGCUCAAUUGACUCAAAUGCGUUCAGUUUUUUUUAUUAUUCAUUUUCGAUAGCUGGAGGCUGAUUCUUGAAUUAAUUUUAACAUUUGUCAUAGUUUCAAUCUUGUUAUGAUAUGACCUUGAAAUGUCUCGCAGUGCAUCUCAGGCGCAUCAAUAAGUACGAGCGAAAUGCCUAAUAACUCGACUCUAUGACCGGUGCGCGGGAACCAAUCAGGUUGAGCGGUUUUCAAGGUCGU